UAACAUCUCAUCUCUCUAUCUACUAUAGUUAUUUGAUCUUGACACUACCCCAUCCUCGCAAUGACCGUGACAACCGACUGCCCCAAGCAAUACCCAGCAACCGGCAUAUCCGUCCUGAUAGUUGGAGCUGGAGUCGCAGGGCUCAUGGCUGCUCUCGAAUGCAGACGCAAUGGUCAUGACGUUAGGGUUAUCGAGAGAUCCCCUGAGCAAGUCAUCACAGGUGACUCCUUCACAAUCGGCCCUAGUGCAAUCCACGCCCUGGAUCAUUGGCCCCAGAUGGUCAUAGAAAAUGAGAAAAUCGCAAACAACCCCACGAUCUCAUUCCACGACUUGACCGGAGCUCGUGCCACAGUCCCGAAGCACAUCAAUUACCGCCAAGGUCAGAAUUCUAAGAACGCCCCAGAACAAGUCCAUCGUCACUGGCGACCCCAAUUCCACAACAUGCUUCUGAAGCAGCUCUCUGCUAUCGGGAUCAAUGUCGAAUAUGGCCACCGGGCAGUGGAGUACUUCGAAGACGACCCUGCAGGGCGUGGGGGUAUAGUCCUCGAGAAUGGUGAUCGAAUGGACGCAGACGUUAUUGUUGUGGCAGACGGUGUCGGAAGCCAUUCGACCAGCGUGACAAUGGGACGAGAGAUCCAGGCACGACCGUCCGGGGAGGCUCUCUAUCGAACUGCGUUCCCGGUCGAAAUCGCCAUGGCUGAUCCGGUAGUUCGAGAGCGGUUCCCAAUAGUAGAGGGUAACGAGGGACCGAUUGAGCUUUGGACUGGCGAGAAAAUCCGCUUCAUCAUCGCCAGAACCGCAGACACCAUGUCCUGGGCCCUCUCCCACAAUGACUACGCCAGCGCCACUGAAUCCUGGUCCCAUAGCGCGGACCCCGACGAAGUGCUCAAAAUAACCGCCACCAUCCCGAACUGGCCAGAGGUCGCAGAUCGCCUCAUCCGACUCACCCCCAGGGACCGACUCUUACAUUUCCGCGUCAUGUGGCGCGAUCCCCAGCCCAGCUGGGUGUCCCCUGCAGGACGUAUCGUGCAGAUCGGUGAUGCGGCACAUACCUAUGUUCCGUCGUCUGGGAAUGGCGCGACGCAGGGGAUCGAAGAUGCUGUUUCGCUGGCUACGUGUUUGCGGAUGGCGGGGAGGACGGGGGAGGUUCCUUGGGCGUUGAGGGUUCAUAAUCGUUUGCGCUUUGUCCGAGUAUCUUGUCUUCAGAAGCUAGGUCUCAUUAAUCGGAAGACUUAUACUCGGGCCCCGUCCAAGGGGAACUUUACGCCUAAGGGCAUCGAGAAUCUGAUGGCGGAGUGGAUCUGGAAUCAUAAUCCGGAGGAAUAUGCUGAGGAGAAUUACAAUAAGGUGCUGGACCAUCUGCAGCUGGGUACACCGUUUCAGGACACGAAUAUCCCGCGGGGUCAUAUUUAUCGGGACUGGACGAUUGAUGAGAUUCUAUGUCAACAGGAAAGAGGGGAGGAGGUUGAAUUAGAUGGGGAGUGGGAAUAAGUUGUUAUUCACUUUAGUAGAAAUUUGUAUAAGUGGAUGGUAUGCCUUGUUCUGAUUGAUAAGAACAUGCUGAAAUGUAAGGUAAUG